CUGCACCUUUCCCUGCCCUUGUGGCGCCAUGCUGUGGUGGAUCUUCAUUUCCCCAGCGCUCGCGAUUCCGGGCGUUGCACCGGCGGAAGAAGCACGUUACCACGGACAGAUUUUUGCCUGUCAGGAGGGGUCCACCCAGCUUCCCGCCUCCGCGGUGAACGACGACUUCUGCGACUGCGAGGAUGGCAGUGACGAGCCGGGCACAGCGGCCUGUGCCAAUAGCGACAGGUGGUUCUAUUGCCCUAACGAGGGUGGAACUGCUCGAUACGUCUAUGCUUCCAGAGUGGGUGAUGGCAUUUGCGACUGUUGUGAUGGUUCGGAUGAAUGGCAAUACCCCCAGAAGUGUCGGAAUCUUUGUGCAGAGCAGGGGCGAGCAAGAAAGGCGCGGCUGGAGCAGAGGCGCAGCGAGAUGCAGCGAGGCAUCGAGAUGCGCAAGGAAGCCAUGGCCUCCAUGCAGGCUGAGGCGAAGGAGGCGGAAGCCCAAGUCGCACAGCUGGAAGCUGGGAAGGCUCCGUUGCUGCAGAAGCUGAAGGACUUGGAGGAGAUCCAACGCUUGAAACGCGCCGCGGUGACCAAGGAGGCACAGGAACUCGGCCGGGAUGCAUCCCAGUACCAGGAGAAGGAGGAGAAGAAAGUCUCAGAGUAUGCCAAGUGGAUGGAGAAAGGUGAGGCUCCAAGCAAUUCAGCCACGAAGCAGGAUGAGCUUUGCAGCGGCACGGUUUGCAUCUCACGAAAACUUGCAGCACGAAGGGAGGUGAAACAAGUCAAAGUUCGAAGCGGGGCUUUGAUCGACUUCAUCGAAUUCGUCUACACCGCCGGCGAGCCCUUGAGCGUGGGCGAAGGGAAGGGCGAGGAGCAGGAAGCCUUUGACUUGGAACCCGGCGAGGUCAUCACAGAAUUGCAAGGAGGUCAGGGUGGUUUGCUGGACCGGGUGCAAUUCAUCACCAGCCGGGGGCGAAAGUCACAGAUUUACGGCGGAAGUGGAGGAGAAAAUUUCACCUUCAAGGUGACGGAAGGCAAGAUGAUUGUCGGCCUGGACAGAGCUGUGGGUUUGGCGGGAAAAAUCACUGGGAUCCACGAAGCCUUCUUUCGCGAGCUCACUGAAGCGGAGAAGGCCUUUGAUGAAGCCACGAUCCGGCUGGAGGACGCUCGCCGCAGCCUGGAAGCCCAAGACGUGCAGCUGACGAAGUUACGGCAGAGCCUGGAGGACGCUAUCGGAUCACAUGCCGCCUACAAGGCCUUGAAGAAAUGUGGCGAGGGAACCCUUGGAGAAUACAACUACAAGAUUUGCCCCUUUGAGGAUGCCAAACAGGGGCAUGUCAGCCUUGGUCGGUGGAAGGGUUGGGCCAUUGAUGCUCCGCAUGUGGGCCUUUUCGAGAAUGGCGAACGCUGCUUUUCUGGAAUCGUGAGAUCACUGAAGGUUCAAUUUGAGUGUGGUGAAAACUACGUGGUUGAAACUGUGAAAGAGCCCAGUCAGUGCGUCUAUGAGGCCACCAUGACUCAUCCAGCUGCAUGUGAUCCCAAAGGCCUGGAUGGAUCCGGUGAGGAUCGGAUCCUGGGACCACAUGAAGCCCAUUUGGAGUUGUGAACAUGGCACUGCCUGGGGGAUCAAACGACAUUUUUUGUGAACAUCUCUAGAAAGAUGUAU